AUAAAUGACGUCAUCACUUCCGGUUUAUCAAACGUGCAGAACUACCCUAAACGGGGACAAUUGGCCCCUUUCUGGGCCGCUAGAGCAAAAAAAAACAAAACAGAAAUGUCUUUAAACGCAUUUUUCUUAUGUACCUCUCGAUGAAUCUUCAUCAUCCUCUCCAAUAUUUUCAUAAAUGAUGGGGAGGUAGGGGGAGGGGGUUGGGUGUAGAUUCGGCUCCUGUUAGGGCGGCUAGAGCUAAAAAGAAUACAUUUAAACAACUUACCGAACCGCCUAAUGGACCUUCAUCAAAACUGGUCUGUAGAAUCAUUAGAAGGUCCUCACUCAAUUUUGAACAAAAGAGGCACUCAGUCCCUUGUAGGGGCCGCUAGAACUAUGAAUAAAAAUACCGCUUGAUAUAUCUUCAUAAAUCUUGAUCUUUACCACUGUGUUAAGUUCCUUUCCCAAGUUUGAUCAAAAGGGAUGCUUGACCUACAGUAAUGGAACUUCAUGGGAUGAUUACCUGGGGUCAGUAGGUCAAAGAUCAAGGUCACAGUAAUCUCGAGACUGAAAACAGUUUUUGCUAAAGAAGUAAAGAACGCUUUUACCUACAGUUGUGAAAUGGCAUUGGAAGAUUGCCUGUGGACAGUGGAUGACCGCUACUAUAUUUGGGACCAGUUGAUCAAAUGUCAGUCCACACUGACCUUGAAACUGGAAACGGUUUCUGCUCAAUAACGAAAGAACGCUUUGACCAACAAUUAUCAGUCUUCAUAGGAUUUUGUUUUGGGGUCUUCUUCAGGGUCUGUAAUAUUUUUCAAAGUAUUACCGGUAAAACCGGACAACUCAAUGAUGUCAGCUGUCCCUAAAGUCAUUACAUUGAAUACAAAGCCUUUAUCAGCAAAUUGUGCCCAGGACGGAAAGGUGAAUUCUAGUAGUUUAGGAGUAUAUGAACCAGGAAAUAAAGCCUAUACAGACGGAGCAACUGUUUCUGAACCAGUAAUUGUUACUUCAAAAAAACAUACUAGAACAUUAGAUGGUUCUUCUAAUUUGGAUACAGAGAAAGUGAAGGAGAGAGAACCAUGCAGUCAGAUUAUAAAUGUAGACACUAAUAGCCCAUUUCAUAUAGAAAGUGUUUAUAGUAUUCAAGAGAAUGGUCAUUUAUUAUCUUUGCAAGGCUGUGGGAACAUCAAAAAAGCUAAAUCAAGAAAAGAACAAACAAAGAAUAAAAGAGCAUUUUCUGAAUCAUUUAUUAUUCCAGAAAGUUGUGAGAGUGAUCCAAAACUGUCUGCUGAUGUAAAAGUUAAAGUAAGACGUUUAGAAAUAGGUAGUGGAAAUGUUGCCAAUGUUUCUUGGACAAAUGCAUUAGCUGCAACCCCAUGUAACAAUUUAGAAAUACCAGUAACAGAACCAAACAUUUCCACAGGUUGUAACCAAAUAACAAAUAUUCAAAUAAAAACAGAGCUCGAUGAAGUAAAUGUAACAGAGCUCAAUGAAGUAAAUGUAGAGCCAGUAGAAAAAGGUGUUGAAGAAGUGCCUGUAGAUUUCAUUGAUGUAAAAUCAGAAUCAGUUGAAAAUGAUGGUUUUGCAGCAGAGUCUAAUGAUGUCACUGAAUUAAAUCAACAGAAAGCUUGUAUAGAAGACUCAACUCGUUACGCUGAAAUGAUACGAGAUAUCAUGGAAUUAGAUCAACAUCCAGAGAGAUCUUACAUCGAAGACACUUCUCAUUAUGCGGAAGUACUUAGGGAUAUCAUUGAAUUAAGUCAGCAUCCGGAGAAAGCUUGCAUGGAAAACUCUACUCAUUAUGCUGCAGUACUGCAUGAUGUAACGGAUAAUUCAGAAGUUAGCAAUGCAGAUGACACUGUUGAACCAGUACAGUCCAAACGAGCAACUGAAUGUCCCGAAAGUGUAGCAGCAAAAAAACAGAAAACAACUAAUGUUGCUCUAGUGUCUCUUUCAACCGGGGGUGCAAAAGCAACAAAUGGAAUUAAUGUAGAGAACUCUACUGACUCUGAAGGAUAUCAAAAGGGAGGGAAAGAAAAAGAAAAGAGAAAGUCAGGUGCUAAAACUGAAAAUAAAAGCGUAGUUUGUCAUGGUAAAGCUGUACAAAAAAGUUUGGAUAAGGAGAAAAAGAAUUCAAAGGCAGAGGGAGGUAUGAAAUCUCUGACAACACAGACAGCAGUUUCAAGGAUGUCUGUGACUAGAAGAAGCUCAAGAGUUGUAGUUCCUAACAGUCGAUUUAAAGACAUGGUUGAUCCAAGCAAAAAGAAAUCGGUUACCAAAGCAGAUAAUGCUGUUGAGACAUUGCAGUUUAAAGGAGCACAUGAAAACCCCAAAGUUGUAGCAGGAAGAAAGCAAAAUACAACUUCUGUUGCUCCAGUGCCGCCUACAACCAGACAUGCUGAAGCAACAAACAAUGUCAAGGCCUCUGUUGAAUCUAAAGGAUAUCAGAAAGGAGGGAAAGAAAAAGAAAUGAAGAAAACAGAUGCUAAAACUGAAAAUAAAAGCUUAGGUCAUGGUAUAUCUGUACAAGAAAAUUUGGGUAAUGAAAAUAAAAAUUCAACGGCAGAGAAGGGUUUGAAAUCUGUGACACAGACAGCAGCUUCAAGGGUGACACUGCCUGCAGUUAAUGUGAUUUCGCCAAGCUCAAGAGUUGUGGUCUUUAAUCCUGGAAUUAAUGUGAUUUCGCCAAGCUCAAGAGGUGUAAUCUUUAUUAGAGUAUCUAAAGAUGUGGUUGAUCCAAGCAAAAAUAAAUCAGUCCCUGAGCAGAAUUCAAGUAAUGAAGGCGAAACUAUGAGGACUGACAGAGAUUUGGCUGGUGAGAGCAGUAAAACUGUUGAAAGCUCUGUUAAUGGCAUAGCUGUGGUACCCAGUGAAGCAGUGCUUGUUAAAACAACCAAUGAAAAACUGAGAGAGCAGGAUUUUGAAGAGCGACAAGAAGAAGAACAUGUAGAUUCAUCAGUUACAGUCACAGUACCAGAACAGCAGUCAGUAGAGUGUCCAGAAUCAACAAAUCCUCAGAGUAGAGAGCAGGAUUUUGAACAGCGACAACAAGAAGAAAGUUUGCCUGUUACAGUCCCAGUACCAGAACAGCAGUCUGUAGACAGGGAGUGUCCAAAAUUAACAAUAUCUCAGAGGAAACCAGUAAGGUACUGUGUGUACUGUAAAAAAACAAUAUUUGGUGGCAAACUGAAGAGGCAUAUUAUCAGCAGACACAAGACAGAAAUAGGGGAGAUAUUGUCUAAACCAGAGCGUGUUCAAAAUGCAUUUUUUAAUUUGAAAAGACGUGAAGGAAUUUAUGAACACAACUUAAAAAGCAUUGCAGAAGGUAAGGAACUUUCAAUGAGAGAAAGACGAUCAAAACACAGAGAAAAUUUAAGUGUAUGUAUUAAUUGCAAGGGUUUUUUCUCUACUCAACACUUUAACAAGCAUAAAUGUAUAAACAAAAACCCACAUGCAUUAAAGCCAGAGUUGUGUCAGAAAAUUAGUGAUGAGAAAAUGGACACUGAUGAAGAGUUCACAGAUAUUUUGAAUGGAAUUAAAGAAGUUGAGGAAUUGUGUAGAACUGAAACAAUGAUAAAGAGGAUUGGUUAUAGACAUUUUAACCUAAGGCGCCAUGAGAAAGGGAAACUGAAUGAGAUAACCGAAGAAGUAAUGCAAGAGAUGAGGGAGCUGGGUAAACUUUUUCUAAAGUUUCGGAAUAUAUGUGGAUAUGAAAGGAUAUUUGAAGAUAUGUUUAACGAAGAUUAUUUGCCAGAAUUAGUAGGAGCCAUUCAAGAAAUUAUAAAAGUUGAAGAUGUGACCAAAAAAAGAAAAGAAAAACAUGGACAGAAACAGAUACAUAGCAUAAUACUAAAAUCCAUUAAAACAUUACAUGACAUGUAUACAGAGACAAAGCUAGAUGAAAAAAGCAAAGAGAUGGAAAAAUUCAAGCUUGCAUACACAAACAAAAUCUGUGAAGUAUACCCACAGACAAAACAAUAUUGUACAGAAAACUCCCUGGAAAAGGCAGGACAUCCUGACAAGUUGUCAGCAGAAAAUGCAGUUGAGCAAGUGGAAGAAUAUAUUGUAACACCAGUGGGGACAGCCAGCCAGUCCUUGGGCACAAAUGUAAACACAUCAGAUGAUGCUGUUGAACCAGUACUGUCUAAUAUGGUAUCAACUAGAAGACGCUCAAGGUCUGUGGUUCCUAACAGUCGCUAUAAAGACAUGGUUGAUCUAGAAAAGAAGAAUUCAGAAAGCGACAUUGAUGAUAGUGAUGCAGACCCAGACUAUAACCCAUCCUCAAGCGAUGCUGAUUCUGAUGAUGAUGAUGAUGAUGAUGAUGAUGAUGGUAGUUUUACUAGUAACAGUGCUGAUGAGGACUUGGAAUUGGAUUCAGAAAGCAACAAAAACGAUAACGAUGCUGAUCUACAGCUCACUCCAGACAAUGAAACUAUGAUGACAGCCAUAGAUGUGAUUAACAGAAGUACUGAAAUGAGUGAAUUCUUUGCCAGUGGUAUUGCUAUGGUAUCCAGCAAAGUAGAUCAGGUUGAAACAACCAAGGGAAGAAAUCAUAGACCAGGCAGGUACUGUGUGUACUGUAAGAAAACAAUAUUUGGUGGCAAACUGAAGAGGCAUAUUAUCAGGAUGCACAAGAUUCAAGUGCAGGAAGUCCUAUCUAAACCAGAGCAUGUUCAAAAUGCAUUUUUUCGUUUGAAAAGACGUGAAGGAAUUUAUGAACACAACUUAAAAAACAUUGCACAAGGUAAGGAACUUGCAAUGAGAGAACGAAAACCAAAAAAUGGAGACAAUUUACGUGUAUGUCUUGAUUGCAAGGGUUUUUACUCUAGUAAAUCCUUUUACAAGCAUAAAUGUAUAAACAAAAACCCACAGGCAUUAAAACCAAAGUUGUUACAGAAAAUUAGUGAUGAGAAAAUGGACACUGACGAAGAGUUCACAGAUAUUUUGAAUGGAUUCAGAUAUGGUGAAGUUGGGGACAUGUGUAGAACUGAGACAAUGAUAAAAAGGAUUGGUUAUAGACAUUUCAACCUCAGGCGCCAUGGGAGAGGAAAACAGACUGACGUAAGGAAAGAAACAAUGAUGGUCAUGAGGCUGUUAAGCAGACUUUUUUUGAAGUUUCGAGAUAUAUGUGAGUCUGAAAAGACCUUUGAAGAUAUGUUUCACGAAUAUUAUUUGCCACAGUUAGAAGAAGCCAUUCAAGAAAUUGUAAGAGUUGAAGAUCACACAGAAGAAAUAAAAGAGAAACAUGGGCUGAGGCACUUACUACAUAACAUAAUAUAUAAGUCUAUAAAUAUAUUAUAUGGUCUUUAUGCAGAGGCAAAGCUAGACGAAAAAAGAAAGGAGAUUAAAAACUUCAAAGUUGCAUACAGAAAAUCCUGUAGAAUGUACUUGCAGACAAUACAAAAGUGUGCUGAAAACUCCAUGGAAAAGGCAAGAGGGCCUGAUGAGUUGUCUACAGAAAAUAUAGCAAGACAAGUGGAAGAAGAUAUUGGUACUCCAGUGGAAGAAGAUAUUGGUACUCCAAUGGAAGAAGAUAUUGGUACUCAAGUGGAAGAAGAUAUUGGUACUCAAUUGGAAGAAGAUAUUGGUACUCAAGUGGAAGAAGAUAUUGGUAUGCCAGAGGAAGAAGAUAUUGGUACUCAAUUGGAAGAAGAUAUUGAUACUCCAGUGGAAGAAGAUAUUGGUACUCCAGUGGAAGAAGAUAUUGGUACUCAAUUGGAAGAAGAUACUGGUACUCCAGUGGAAGAAGAUAUUGGUACUCCAGCAGAGACAGCCUGCCAGUCACUGGAAACAAAUGGUCAGCUUGAAACAGUCUUCUUUGCUGGGAUUGGCAUAAACAAUGGAUUUUUAAAGCUGUUUCCGGAGCUUAAGUUGGCAGACAAACCUGAAAAUGCAGGUGUGCUUAUUAUCCCAACAGACGAAGAUUUUAUCACGUCAAGACGAACUUCAGAAGUUUUUAAGGCUCUUGUUGGUAGAAAGAAGUUGAUUGUUAGUAGCCAGUGGGUGACAGAUUCAGUAAUGGAGGGAAACCUUCAGGACAAGACAAAGUUUUUGGUUACUGGGACAGACAAACUAGGUAGAUGGAGUCAAACGGAAAACUACCAUGAGUUUCUAUAUCAAAUUGGUAAUGGGACAUUUGCUGAUAUAACUGUAGAUGAUAUCAGGAAUUUGCUGAAUGCUACUGGUGGGAGAGAGCAGUUUUCCAGAACACGAGAUACAAUUUACAUAUGUGGAGACGAUGAACACCUUACGACAGGUCACUGUGUUCCUAAAGAAUGGAUUUUUAAGUGCAUAACUAGUGGAACAAUAUUGUCAGUGGAGCAAUUCCGCAAGGACACAAGACAAGAUGUUAGUGAGGGUGAAGCUGAAAAAGCUGGUCAAAAAUCGGAGAGAAAAAGAUCAAAAAAGUUGUGCUGUAUCUAUUGUGAGACACUUACUUCAAAACUUGCCAGACAUUUAGAAUGUAAACAUGCAAGUGAACCUGAAGUAGCAAAAGCAUUAAGCCUUCCAAAAAAAUCCAGAGAAAGAAAGAGGAUAUGGGCACACCUAGCAGCCAAGGGAAGCUACGCCCAUAACUUAAAAGUGAAAAUGAAUGGAACUGGGGUCCUCAUCAGAAGGUUUAGAUCGAAAAUACCCAAAAAAGAAAAAGAAUAUUUACCAUGUGAGUUCUGCAACACAGAGAUUGUGUCUGCAAAUUUGUGGAGACAUCACAAAAGAUGUCCAGGAAAACCAGAAAAUGUAGAAAGUAAAGAUGCAGUAAAAAAUUCAAGAUUAUUGGUUCCUGCUGAUUGUCAGGGCUGUAAACAAGACAAGAAGAAAGUUGGCAGCAAGAUGAGAGAAGACAUUAUUGGAAAUAAUGAAAACAGUCAUUCUUGUGGUAGUGUGAGUGUGGAUGAGCCAGAGAGCACUGUCAUAACAGAGUCAACUGACAAUCCUUUAGAAACCCUUGAUGAUGACAAUGACUGUGCAAUUCAUAAAAACACUGAUUCUGAAUCUAAUGCAAGCAACAGUACCAUAGCAAAGCCAGCUGACAAUUCUUUAGACACCUGUAAUAAUGAUAAUUGUAGAAUUCAAAACAAGAAAUGCUCAGAUCACUGUGUACCAAAAGAUAAGGUUCAUCAAUGCAUCAAUAGCAGACUUAUAUUGUCCACAGACAACUUGCUUGAGAGGGGCAAAAUAAAAAUGCUUGAUCUUGUUAGAGAAAGUGGUGCUGAAUCAUCUGUUGGUAGUCCUGAAGAGUUGCGUGAAAUAACUAUUGACAAUAUGGAGAGAAAACAAAAAAGACUAUGCUGUGUCUAUUGUGAGAAACUUCCAUUAAAACUUGCCAGACAUUUAGAAAAUAAACACUCAAGUGAACCUGAAGUAGCAAGAGCUUUAAGUCUCCCAAAAAAGUCUAAAGAAAGACUAAGGAUAUGGGCACAUCUUGCAGCUAAAGGAAGUUAUGUCCAUAACUUGAAUGUGAAAAUGAAGGGAUCAGGGGUCCUAAUCACUAAGGAUAGAUCGAGAAUACCCAGGCAUUAUACAGAGUAUUUACCAUGUGAGUUCUGUAAUGCUGAGAUUAUAUAUAAAUAUUUGUGGAGACAUCACAAAACCUGUCCAGCAAGACCAGCAAAUGUAAAAAGUAAACGUCCAGUGAAAAAUUCAAGACUAUUGCUUCCUGUUGAAUGUCAGUGUUCAAAAAGAUAUAAGAAGGAAGUUAUUAGCAAGAUGAGAGAAGACAUUGUUGGAAAUAAUGAAAACAGUAAUUCUGCAGGUAGUUUGUGUGUGGAUGAGCCAAACAACACAGCGAUAUCACAGCCAACUGACAAUGCCUCUAAUGAUAAUGACAACUGUAGCAUUCAAAACAAGGAACACACAUGUGAGAACACUCCAAGCAACACUGCUACAGCAGAGGAAACUGACAAUGCCCUUAAUGAUAAUGAUGGCUGUAGCAUUCAAAACAAGAAACACACAUGUGAGAAUACUCCAAGCAACACUGCCACUGCAGAAGAAACUGACAAUUCAAAUGAGGAUAAAAUUUCACACAAGAAGCAUGUACAUAUGACCACUCCAAGCAACAGUGCUGAAGAGCCAAAUAAGAAUUCAUUGGGCACCUCUGAUGAUGAUAAUGACUGUAGAAUUCAAAACAAAAAAUCUUCAGGCAAAAAGAAGCGGCAAUUAGUUAAAACACCUUGGAGUGAAGAGGAAAAAAAAGUGGUGGAAACUGACCUAAAACGAUGCUUCAAAUUAAAAAUUGUGCCCAAAAAGUUGGAAUGUAUGGAAUUGCUAGAAGAACAUCCUGUUCUUUCUCGUCGAUCAUGGAGAAUGAUAAAAGACCACGUAAGAACUAGGCUACUGGCCGAACAAAGGGAGCUUCAGAGAGCAAAGGAUAAGAAAAAUCAAGCUUGUAACAAAACUGUAUAAAUUUGUAUGCAGUGUAAUGAAGCUGUUGAUAACGAGAUUGAUAAAUUUUUGUAUGUUUGUUGUUUUAUACCCCCACAAGGUGUGCUUAUUAAAAUUGCACUGUCCGUCUGUCUGGGUGUGUGACCAUUUGUGUAGAUUCUUGUUCAUGCCAUCUAUAAAGGAAUUUUGAAACAACUGCAUAAAUGUUCUCCAUAAUAAGAUGAUGUGUCAUGUGCAGGAUCCAGACCCUUAGCUUCAAGGUCAAGGUCACACAGGUGACCAGUCUGUUUCUUGACUGGUCCUAACUCUGCCUUUGAUGACAGGAUUUUGAAAUUUCCUGGCAUAAAUGUUCUCUAUUUUGACAUUAUGUCAUGUGUAAGACCCAGACCCCUAGCUCUAAGGUCAAGGUCACACUUAGAACUCAAAAGUUAACAGGGUCUGUUUCUUGCCCAUUCAAUAACUGCUAUUCAUCAAGGAAUUUUAAAAUUGGCACUUUAUAAUGUUCCCUGUAAUGGGUUGAUGUGUCAUGGGCAAGACCCAGAAACAUAGCUUCAAGGUUAAGGUUAUGUUUGGAGAACAUUUAUUUUGUUUGGUCACAAAAUGAGUCAUACCUAAACUAUUCUGGCAUAUUUCGCACAGAAAACUUUAGCAUUCUUGGGUUCAUUUUGGGGGCAUUUGUCACUUAUAGUGACAGCUCUUGUUUUGUUUUAUUUCAGCCCUUUUGUCUGACGGUUUUUAUUAACUUGUCAGACUUUUUAUAAAAUCUGUUAUUUGAUAUUGUAACUUGCUGUCAACACUCGUGUCUUGCAUCGUGUGUAGACAGCAUCUUUGCUGUUUGCACUCUUGAGGUUGCAGGAAUUUUGGUCUGAAUGCUACCCUUCGUAAAAUUGUGGACGUAUUUGAAACUUGGUAAUCUCGGGUCAGAAAGUAGGUCACCAUGUCAGUUACAGAAAAAUCUUGUUAAUACUUUAGAAGCCACAGUUUCUAAUCAGAUCUUCAUAAGGCUUUACUAGAAUGUAUGUCUGUAAAAUCUAAGACAAGACAGACACUGAAGUAUAUUAGGUUUUUCUACUUUAUUUUCAUAAAACUUUGCCAGAAUAUUUGCCUGUGUGAAAUCUUAAGACAAGACAGAAACUAGGUCCGGAGGUCAGUAAAUAGGUCACAGGUCACAUUAUAACAUUUGAGGUCCCAAUUUCUAUUUGAUUUUCAUAAAAUUUUGUUAACAGAAACUGUUGUCUGUAUUAAAUCUAGGUCAUUUCAGAAUUGAAUAACAUGAGGUCAAAAACAAAAUGAAAUCAUUUAAAAAAAAAACAGCUAACAGUUUACAUAACUGAAAUACUAUUGAAAAAAGGCGUUUAACCCAAAACAAAAGGCGAAACAUGGAAAAACCUUCAUUGAUUUAGUGCCACAUGUCCUACAACAAAUCUUUUUUCAGGCAACAGUAAUCAAUUUAUAAACGAGUUUAUGAUAUGAAAUGACCUGUGGUAUACUAUAGUUGUAAAAUUUAUCAUAAUUAUUUGUAAAUAAAUGAUAGAAUCAAUUACCAAUGAUGUUUCAGUCAUUAGAUGAAGGUUUUUGAGUGACCCUAAAAUUUCCUAGUAUUUUUUUUUUUUUUUACAUUUUGCUGAAAUUCUUAAAGAAUUGUCAAAGGUCAUUCUCAAAAAUGCCCCAUUUUUUUAUCCAGACUCAAAAGAAGUUCAUUCUUUUCAGACCUGCACUUGUUAAAAUAUCUGUCUGAAGUGUUGUCAAAUUACAUGUAUGUGUAUAUCAAAGUGUUUAUAAAAACCUUCUAAACAGAAUACUUCAGUGAUUCAUGUAUAGUUUAAUAUUUAGUUAAUGUGGCGAAAAAAUGUCUCUUUCUUGGAAAGACAUAACUUUCUUUACAAACAGCCUGGCUAGUGUUUGUUUAAAUUUGUAUCUUUUGCCAGAUGUGGGAUCACCACAUGGGCUUUUUACAUUUAGAUAAAUAAAGAUGUUGCAAAUAUGUUCUCUGAAAGUGUAAUAUUUACGCAUAGGAAAAAGAGAUCAGUAUAAUUGCACCUUUACUAAUCCUACCAGGUGUUCUGUACUACAAAAGUGCUUCUAUUGUGACAUUUUGAUACAAGCAAAACUGUAUUAUCUGCACUAUUUAUACUUACUGGUAUUUCAUUUUUUUUAUCGGCUUGUUAAAAGUUAUUUUUUACCAUAAGUAAGUUGACAAAAUCAUAGGAACCAGUGUUUCAGGGGUAAAUCAAACACAUAUUAAUAAAUCCUAAACAAUUUUGUUGUGCAAAAAUGUAUAAUAUUGUGUCUUAAACUGUUUUCGUUUUCUACUCAAUUGUGUAAUUGCAAGGGAAGUAAACUAAUAAAUAUCUCUGCUUUAAAGUACUAGCCCAAGGCAAGAGUUGACAUUCUUUGCGGAUCACAACUUUGAAUUAAAUAUUAAAAUUUCUGUUAUUGAUAUUAGCAAAACUAUCAUACAUUUUUUAAUGUAUUUCUAUCAAUGAAAAUGUUAGGUUCUAUCUCUAUAAUAUUUUGACUAGUUAAAAUGUUUUUGCAUAUAGCAUUGAGUACUGCUGAACUGGUACCUUGUUCUUAAGACCUACCUUUAGGCAAUCUAAAGAUUUUUAAUUUACACACAAGGGUUUUACCUUAAUAUUGAAGAUAACUUUUUUAGCUUACCUGAGCAGGUGAGUUAUUGUGAUCGCUUAAUGUCCAGUGUCUGUCUGUAGUCUGUCAGCAUUAAGCUUGUGUAUGCAAUAGAGGCUGUAUGCUCCAACUGAUCUUCAUGAAAUUUAUUAAGAAUGUUAACCUUGAUGAAGUCUAGGCCAGAUUCAAAAGUGGGUCAUCUGGGAUCAAAAACUAGGUCACUAGGUCAGAUCAAAGAAAAACGUGUUUGCGAUAGAGGUUGUAUUUUUCAAUUGAUCGUCAUGAAAUUUGGUCAGAAAGAUAACCUUGAUGAAAUCUAGGCAAAUUUAGAAAAUGUGUCAUCUGGGUUCUAAAACUAGGUCAGUAGGUCAAAAUAAAGAAAAACCUUGUGCUUGCGGUAGAGGCUGUAUUUUUCAAUUGAUCUUCAUGAAAUUUGGUCAGAAUGAUAACCUUGAUGAAAUUUAGGCUGAAUUUGAAAAUGGGUCAUCUUGGGCCAUAAAGUAGGUCACUAGGUCAAAUUAAAGAAAAACCUUGUGUAUGCGAUAGAGGCUGUAUUUUUCAACUGAUCUUCAUGAAAUUUUGUCAGAAUGAUAGCUGUGAUAAAAUUAAGGUCAAGUUUGAAUAUGGGUCAUCUGGGGUCAAAAAACAAAAAAAAAAAAAUCAAAGAAAAACCUUGUGAAUGCAAUUAUUACUAAGAGGCUGUAUUAUUCAAUUAAGGUUGAUGAAAUUUAGUCAGGUUGAUUGCCUUGAUCAAGUCUAAGUAAAAUUGGAACAUAGGUCAUCUUGGCUGAAAAAACUAGGUUACUAGGUCAAAUUAAAGAAAAUACUUGUUUACAUUUAAGAAACCACAUUUUUGGUCCAAUCUUAAUGAAAAUUGGUCAGAAUAUUUGUUUCCAUGAAAAACACUAGGUAAAGCAUGUAUACACUGUUAUGGUGUGUUUUUCAGGUGAGCAAGCUAGGGCCAUCUUGGCCCUCUUGUUUCUGUGUGUCGCCCCAUUACCCAAUACUUGAAGGAAUCUGUAAAAUUCAGGUGCUCUCUUGGUCUUUAAAAAAAAACUAAGAACUAUAGUUUUCAGACUUUGUAAAAUUGUGUAUUGUUAUUAGAUAACUAAGUUGGUCAAGAACCAUUUGUAAUAAAUAUGGCCCUCUUUAACUUUGCUUGAAUAGUGUAGCUUUUUUAUUUUGAUUAUCUAUAGCUGAGUAAGAAAGCAAAGGAUCAUAACUUUUUCUUUGCAUAUUGCCUUAUUAAAUGUUUUUCUUUGAAUAGUACAUAUAUGUAGCACUUCAUGUUAAUUCCAACCUGCCUGCUUAGCUCAGUAGAGAGAGCAUUGGUCUACGGAUCGCGUGGUUGCCAGUUCGAUCCCCGGAUGGAGCCUAUGUUCUCCGUGACAAUUUGAUAAAAGAUUCUGUGUCUGAAAUCAUUUGUCCUCCAACUCUGGUAAUUCAUGUGGGGAAGUUGGCAGUUACUUGCAGAUAACAGGUUUGUACUGGUACAGAAUCCAGGAACACUGUCUGGUUAGGUUAACUGCCCGUCGUUACAUGACUGAAAUACUGUUGAAAAACAGCGUUAAACCCAAAACAAACAAAAAACAAACUACCUUGUAGCCUAUACAUGGAAACUCUAGAGGUUUUAAAACAAAUCAUCGAGUGGAAAUCAAAAGUUGUAUACAUAAUUCGUUUCUUGUGUUAGGAAAAAGUUUGAUAUACUUUAUUGAAUAAAACAACUUUAUAACAUA